UAUAUUCACGGGAGCUGACUCACUAGCAAAUCCCUUCUCUCUCCGACAUCCUCCGUCGUCCCCAUCCCUCAACCGCCGCCGCCAAUGGCUGAUUCCCCCGCCCCCGCCCCCACCACCACCGCCGAUCGCCCCACCAAAAUCAUCGCAGGGGCCGACCCUUUCGGCGCCCCGCUCAAGGACGCCCUCGUCUCCCACCUCCGCGAGACCCUGCACAUCGAGGUCGAGGACCUCGGCACCGGCCCCUACUACUCCGUAGCCGCCGACGUCGGCCGCCGCGUCUCCUCCUCCGGCGGAACCGAGACCCGCGGCCUCGUCGCCUGCGGCACCGGCUGCGGCGUCUCCAUGUUCGCCAACAAGUUCCCCGGCGCCUUCGCGGGGACCUGCCUCUCCGUCGCCGACGCUGUCAACGCCCGGUCCAUCAACAACUCCAACAUCCUCGCCGUCUCCGCCCUCUCCACGCCGCCGGGCACCGCCGUGGAGAUCCUCCGCGCCUGGCUUGACACUCCCUUCAAGUCCCCCUGCCCCGCCUCUGGCGACCAGCCCUGGAGCGACGACCUCCAGGAGUUCCUCGACCGAGCCCUGAUCGAAACCCCAAAGAUCGGCGCGCCGACCUCGGAGCCGGAUGAUUCCGCUUCCUGCGCGAUCUGCUGCCUGGCGAAGCGCCGGGAGCUGAACCCCAUCGACAUGAUCCCGGGGGGUUCGAUGAAGAUAAUCCGGGAGACCCCGACAUCGGCGAUCGUGAGGUUCAAGGCCGGGAGCGUGGAGCCGGCGCACCACCACACGUUCGGGCACGACCUGGUGGUGCUGGAAGGCAAGAAGAGCGUGUGGAACUUGACCAAGAAGGAGAGGUACGACUUGGUGGUGGGGGAUUACUUGUUCACCCCCAGCGGGGAUGUGCACAGGGUGAAGUAUCACGAGGACACGGAGUUCUUCAUCAAGUGGGAUGGCCACUGGGACAUGUUCUUCGACGAGGACCUCGAGACCGCUAAGAAGGCCAUCGACAACGAGGAAUCGGCGUCAUCCUUGGCUUGAUUUGUGAGUUUCGUUGUCCUUGCUAAUGCCCACAAAAGACAAGUCUGCCGUGGGAGUGUUCUUCUUGUUGUUGUUUGUGAUAUAUAUCAAGAGAAGGAUGAGGUGAUCUUGUGGAGUUGAGGCAUGGCUGAAGCAUCUGUGAUUAGCUCAAGUUGGUGUUGCAGACACUUUUCAGCUGAUAAUGUUCCAUGUUUGGUCGAGUUUUCGAGUGGUGAUUAUCUCUGUUACCGGUUUAGGUUGAAAUAAACACUGUUUUUGAAUGAAAUGGAGGCACCACAUUGGCUUGAAUCCCACAUCCACACCACCAAAGAUGUGAAUAUCAUCUUGUUUUGGCCA